AUGGGGACGGGGGCUACUUACCCUAAAGGAGUGUCGAAAGGAAAAUCCAAGGAUCCCCCGUUUCGUUUGUUGAAUCGUGAGGACCGUAAAACUUUUGAUUUUCUUGUUUCAAAUAGGCGUCAAGUCAAGUCAACAAAAUUCCUCCAUAGGGAAUCUUUUGCUAGUCUUGGGGUACUCGAUGGAGUCCAAGCGUUAUUUAACAACAUCGGGUGGGGUCAAUUCCUCUAUAACCGCACCGCCACCUAUGUUGAACCCACCUUGGAAUUUCUUGCCACAUUCAAUCCCGAGGAGGAAGCCCAAACCAUCACCUUCCAAAUGCUCGGUGAGAAACGAUCCUUACCGCAUCGGGUCGUGAACGCCAUGAUAGGCACUCCAGUGGACAACCUAUAUUACCAACAAGACCCAUGGUCUGGAAACUUCAAUGAGCAUCACUUUUGGCAACAAAUUACCAACGAGCCACAAUAUUCAUCGUCUUCGUCAAAGGCCUCCUCCAUAAUUCACCCAUGUUUGCGCCUAGCGCAUCGAGUUCUCACAUGCACCAUUUUCGCCCUCUCCGAAAUUUUGCCUCCUUUUUUCUUCACCAAAUGUUACAACCUCACAACUAUGGACAAAGAAGACAUUUUCAUUGGGGGAUUGAUCACCCUCAUUGAAUCUCGGCCACCGCUUCAACUUCAUCUCUCUACUCUUCCAUUCGAGAAGGCUUCCAGCCCCUCUAUCCUUGACGGCCACGCACUUCGCCGAAUGCAACUCAUCCGGGAUUCGGUCGUCGUUCCCAUGUGGAUUCUUAACAACCAACCAUAUCUCAUUCUCCCCCAUGAGUAUAUAGGGAGUUUUGAGCCAACCAAUCCCGAGCAAUGGAUCAUUCCAUCAGACUACCCUCCUCCUGUAGAUGAUGAGGAUGACCAGUUUCAGCCUGCACAACAAUUCGCCGAGCCUCAAUUUCAGCCGCAGCAGCAGGGGGGACACGAAGUCCCACCAUAUUUCCCCCUUACGUUCUUUGAACAAUUCGCCACAAUGUUCUCCACGGUGCAGCGCAUCGAUACCCAAACACAAGAGAACACUCGAGCCAUCCAGGAUGUGGUGACCCAUGUUGAUCGGUUGGAGCAGUCCUUCCCGCCCACUUCCCGCCAGUUCCAAGAUAUGUGGGACUACCACUAUCGCCACAGGCAUUUCCCGCCGCCCGACCCUCCGAUUUAG